AUGCCGGGCCCUUUUUCUGUCGCUGAGGACCCAGGAGACUUCCACAUCUUCAACGUCCACCAUGGCUUUCCGGAAGGGCUUGUGAGGGGUUACAGGACCGGGUUCCUUACGGACAUGGACUACAACAACCUGUGCCAGUGCGAGUCCCUCGAGGACGUGAAGCUUAACCUGCAAGAGACGGACUACGACCAGUUCCUCUCCCAAGAGAACAAGGUCACCCCGGCCGCGUUGCAAGAGAGGGCCACCAAGAAGCUGGUAGUGGAGUUCAACUUCCUCAAGGCGCAGGCGCAGGAACCGCUGUCGACCUUCCUAGAGUACAUCACGUACGAGUACAUGAUCGAGAACAUCAUGAUGCUAUUGAAGGGCACCCUGUCGGGCAGGGACGUUAACGAGCUCAUCGAACAGUGCCACCCGAUGGGUCUGUUCAAGGACUCGACGAUGCGGCUUAUCCCGGCGUUCGAAGCUUCGCCGAAGGGGUACGCCGACCUUUACCAGACCGUUCUCGUCGACACGCCCAUCGGCCCGUACUUCAGCCAGUUCCUGGAGCAGCAGCAGGAGAGGCUUACCAACGCGGCCCAGGUCCGGGACAUUCUUGAAGAGGUGGAAAUCGAGAUCAUCAAGAACUCGCUGAUGAAGUUGUACCUGGAGGACUUCCACCGCUUCUGCAAGAGCGUUGGCGGAGACACGUCGACGGUCAUGUGCGAGCUGCUGGAGGCUCGCGCCGACCGGGGCGCCAUCAACAUCACCCUCAACUCUUUCGGGGGACCGCUGAACGAGCCGUCCAUGCGCUCCACGGACCGCCGUCGGCUGUACCCGGCUAUCGGCACGCUAUACCCGGAGGCGACGAACUUGUUCCAGGAAGUUGGCGACGAGUCCCAGCUAGCGGCCGUUCUGGACAUGUACCCCGUGUACAGGGGCAUCUGGGCCGUUCACCAGAACGAGGCGUACGGGGACAAGUCGAUCGACGAUGCGUUCUUUGAGAGGGACGUGGAUAUGCUGGAGCUAGCGUUUCAGGGGCAGAUGCACUUCGGACCCUUCUACGCCUACGUCAAGCUGAAGGAGCAGGAAAUUCGCAACUUGGUAUGGAUAUCGGAGUGCAUCGUCCAGCAGCAGAGGGACGAGAUCGGCAAGUACAUCCCCCUGUUCAGCGAGAACGCCUCGUGGAAGGUUGCUCGCCGCGCCGGGAGAUAAAACGAGAGAGAUAGAGAUCGUCGGUUGCCUGUCUGCCCUGGCCGAAGCAGCGAACGAUAGCAGUCUAGCUAGUUUGGUGGGACAUAUACCGUUGGUGUGUUUUUGCCUCCUUGUGUGUGACGUGCUUGUUGGCCUCUGUCGAGGGGGCUCCGGCGUUUUGUACCUUGGUUUGGUGCGAGCUGCUGAAGGAGAGAUGUUUUGUACCUUUUUUUGGUGCGAGCUGCCGAUGCUGGAGGGUAGGGAAGUUGUGGAGGGUGGGUUGGAAUGGGGGAUGAUGUUGGGAUGGCGGAAUGAUUCCGGAUUUUUCGAGCGAUGACGCAGAAGGCGUGGGACGGGAAUUAGUGGCGGCGGCGGCGCGUUUUCGGUGUGUGAUGGAGAACGCCUUGGUGGCCACCGACCUGUCGAGCGAGAGCAAUACUUGCGGGGUAAUGUCCAGCGACGGUUAUUUGCGACGCAUUGUCUAUUAUAGCGGGGGGUACGCGCCGCGCUUCCGCGAGAAGGCCGUGUGGUAUCUUGCUGUUUUGUGUUGUUGGAACUCCCGGCGGCAGCCGGGAGCCGUGGCCUCGCCGCCGCCCCCGCCCCGGGGUGUUUGAGUCGUGGUGGUCACCGCCGUCAGCGCUUGUCGCCCAGAACUGUGGACGUGUCGAGGGGGCGUUAAGUUGCGGCUUGAGUUCUGGCCUUCCCGCCAGCGCAAAGUUUGUUUCUUUUUCUCCGCUUGAUCUGCCAACCAAGUGGCAUUGAUUUGAUUUGAGCAUGUACUUGUUUUGUGUCCAAGCUGGCGCGGGUGACAGACGCGUCGUGCGGCUUGACAGUCCGUCAUAUUCGGGAGUACAUUUUUCCGCGAGUGACCGCUCUGCCGAGCUGCUUCUUGUGGAACGCG